ACAGUUCAAGGUGGUUCAGAUAUCAGCGCACUGCGCGCAACAGGACGCGCGGGCUUAUUCCUUACUACAGGACUGCGUACACUCCCGGGCUGCGGCGUUUCAUUGACUGAUUUCGUCCUUAAAGAUAUUUUCUCCAAAAGGAAUAAAGUGCAAAAGAAAUGAGAGCGUGGAAAGUGCGGUUUCUGUGCUUCGUGGUGUUGAAUGCAGCUGUGCAAAAUGUGACGUCCUUGGAGGAAGAGCUCGCCGAUUCUAUUUUUGGUAACUUCCUCGAUCCUGUGAAAGGCUUUUUUGACCACAAGGCUGAGAGCAAUGCCACUGUUGCCAAAUUCUCGCUCCGCAAGCCAUCCCAUCCCGAUGAUGACCUCUGCUACAUCAUUCCAGGAAAACCCGACUCCCUGGCAACCUGCACCUUCAACGGCACUUCCAAAACCUUUCUCAUAAUCCAUGGCUGGACGCUGAGUGGUAUGUUUGAAAGCUGGAUCCCUAAACUGGUAUCGGCACUGUAUGAGAGAGAGCAGACGGCCAACGUCAUCGUGGUGGACUGGCUCAACUCGGCUCAGAAUCACUAUGUGGUCGCAGCUCAGAAAACCAAAGCAGUGGGGCAGGAGAUCGCUCAGUUCAUCGACUGGAUCGAGGAGACCACCAACAUGCCUCUUGAGAACAUUCACCUGAUUGGCUACAGCCUCGGGGCCCACGUGGCCGGAUUUGCUGGCAGCCAUGCAACCAAUAAAGUCGGAAGAAUCACCGGUUUGGAUCCCGCUGGUCCCGACUUCGAGGGCGAACACGCCCACAGGCGCCUCUCCCCAGAUGAUGCUCACUUCGUGGAUGUCCUUCACACCUUCACACGCGGCUCUUUGGGUCUCAGCAUCGGAAUCCAGCAGCCCGUCGGCCACGUGGACAUUUACCCCAACGGAGGCAGCUACCAGCCGGGCUGCAACCUCAGGGGAGCGCUGGAGAAGAUCGCCAACUUUGGAAUAUUUGCUGUGUCGGACGCCGUCAAGUGUGAACACGAGCGUUCGGUUCACCUCUUCAUCGACUCCCUGCUGAACGAGCAGGAAGCGGCCAUGGCGUACAGAUGUGGCAGCAACGACAUGUUCGACCGCGGGAUGUGCCUGAGCUGCCGGAAAAGCCGCUGCAACACGGUGGGCUACGACAUCAGCAAGGUCCGCAAGCCUCGCAGCGUUCAGAUGUACACCAAGACACGAUCCUCCAUGCCUUUCAGAGUUUACCACUAUCAGCUGAAGAUCCACUUCUCCAGUAAGGUGAAUAGCUCAGCUAUGGAGCCCUCGCUUACUGUCUCGCUGUAUGGAACCAGAGGAGAAGCUGAAAACCUGCAGCUUAAACUAAAGGAGAAAAUUGUCACAAAUAAGACCCAUUCGUUCCUGCUGGUGACGGAGAAAGACAUCGGUGACCUGCUGAUGCUGAAGUUUAAAUGGGAGGAGACAAACGGCUGGUCUGCGUCAAGCAUGCUGAAGAUGGUUUCCUCUUGGUGGUCUGGCAGCUCAGAUGGCGCUAACGUGGCGGUUCACAAAAUCCGCAUUAGAGCGGGCGAGACGCAACAAAAGAUGGUGUUCUGCAUAAAAGAUCCUGACGCUCAGAAGCUGACACAGGAGCUCACGUUUGUUAAAUGUAAGGAUCCGUGGAGGACGAACAGAAAGCGAACUCUAAGAAGAGUAACUCUGGAGAACCACUGAUCGUGAAGACAAGACGCUCUCCACCAUCCCCUUUGUCCAUUUCAGCACUUAGCAGAUAAUUUAUACACUAGUAACUUUUAUACACCAGUAAAUAUCUGAAAGCCUUUAUCACCUUGUAUAUAUCCAAAUAGGUAUAAUGUUUAAAACAAUAUGUAUGUGAAUACUAUGUCAUACUUUGUUAAAAAAAAAAAAAGUAAUUUAAUGACUUUUUCAUGAUUGUUGUACUACUAGUAAAUCGUACUGGCCAGAUCAACAAAGUUUGGUUGUAGAGGUACUAAUGCCCUGAUGUGUAGUACAAUAAUAAUAUUUCAUAUAAAGGAAGCACUGUGAAAUAUAAUAGAGUGACACCUCUGAAAAUGAGGAAAAAUAAUAUUAAAGAUGUAUUUUUUGUGUUUUAAGCAGUAGGUUACAGUUUAGUUACCUUUUUGUGUUACCUAAGUAAGUACUAAGUUACCUGAGUCACCGAGCAUUCACCACUGUGACUCUCAGCGCUGUAUGUGACUGUGGGACCUGUAUCAGUGUGCCUUACUGUAAACAAGCAGCAGAAGCUUUUCGGCUUUUUAUUGUUGCCUUCCAACUCGGCGUCCGUUGUUCUUACUGUAUGAACUUAUACUGAAGUACUCAAAGCUGAAAAAGGUAUUAUUUUUAAUGCUUUUGCAUGUUUUACUGCUUCACUUCUGCAAGAAGACGUUACUUUGAAGCUGUCACCUCAAAGAAGAGCUCGAAAGCAAAGCUUCUAUUAAUGUUUGUGAUGUGUGGUCUUUGUAAAGUGCAAUGUCUGCUGUGGAUAAGAUUUUAUUUUUUGGCUCAUGCUCAUUCAAUUAUGCAUUUCCAGUUAGUAAGCAAUACUUGAACCUCAGUUCUUCAGAGGUAUUGUACUGUAAUGAUUGUGACUUUAAAAAAAAGGUAUUUUGCACUUAAAACAGGGAAAGAGAAAACAACUCACCUGUACAAUAAAUGUAAAUACUAUAAUAUAGAUACUGGAGUCUCUUAUAUGGAGCGCUGCUAGUUAUAUAUUUUCACCUCUCUGUGAAUUUGAUCUAUAAAAAGUGUGUUCAUGUAAUCACUGUACAUCACUGUACAUAGCUGUAAAUACGUCUCUGUAUUGUAUAAAUUCUUUAAUAAAACCAGUGUGUCGCCUGAGA